AUGCGCUCGACGCUCGAAACAAUUCGCGCCGAGAUGGCCGCCAAGUACGACCAAGCCAACCGGUUGGACGUGGUCAUCGUCAUGGACUGCACCAGCUCGAUGGGGGCGUGGAUUGCAUCUGCGAAAGACGCGUCGACGACCAUCAUUCGCAACAUCCAGACCGACCACCCCAACGCUGUCGUCCGCAUCGGCUUUGUCGGGUACCGCGACUAUAUCAACGGCAACGACCGCAUCGCGUCGAUUCCGCUCACGACCAACACGUCGGACGUCCACGCUUUUAUCAGCCAGCUCCGUGCCCGCGGCGGGUGUGGCAACUUUGCCGACGUCCCUGGCGGCCUCGCCGAGGCCCUCGCGAUGCGCUGGGAGGCCGACGCCAAGGUGAUCAUCUUGGUCGGUGACGCGCCGUGCCACGGCAAGGAGUUUCACGACCGCUACAACGGCACAAUGCACCCGUCGACGCCGUGCAUUCGGGAGCAGAUGCGCACGAUGGCGCGCACGGGCAUUGAUUUCCGGUUCCUCGAGAUCGUGCCGGCCAACACGGCCAAAAUGGUCGCGGUUCUCCAGGCCGAGUACGCGUCGACGCUCGCCGACGACGGCUUGGCGCGGUCGUUUGCAUCCGUGUCGCUCUCAGCGGUCGGUGACGAGGUCAAGUUUGGUGACGUCGUGCGCCAGAUCAGCAGCGAUUCACUGAGAGCGAGCAAGUCGCGAAGCGUCAUUGCCAGCGUCCAGGCCGUCACCACGCGCGAGAGUCUGUCGUUGUUGGACAAGGUGGGCGAGGAGGACGACGACGACGGAAACGACGACGACGACGAAAACCUUCUGGAAUCGACGUCGGCGGGUAAGGACACGCCGGUGGCCGCGCAGUGGACCCCGCCAACGACGACGACGCCGCUCAACUGGAGUGACGUUAAAGCGUGUCCCGAGAUCAGCGCUGUGCGUCACUGCAAGUACAUCAAGCGAGAGUGCAACGACAUGGCAAAGCCCCAGACGAUCACGACGUCGCAGGCGACGACGAUCAAGUUUAUGCCGACACCGUUCGCCAAGGGCACGAUGCGCACGGCGCAUGGCAUGAUCGACUGCAAGCUCGACCUCCGGCUUGUGGCUAAGUUUUAUUUUGGUACCGCUGCCGCCAUCGAUUACCACGUCCGGACAGACGUCGAGAUGACCGCGAUCGCCCGACGGCUCGCGAUGGAGUUUUCCAAGUCGCCGCACGCGGGUGCUGGCGUCGAUUUCAUUAUGACGUGCUGGUACGAAGUCAAGGGCCGGCCGUUGUUCACGGCCGAGCCCUACAUUUCUGGUGAGUACCACAAGUACAAUAGCAACGGCGGGUGGGUUCAAACCGCGUUGAACGAUCAUGUCGCGACGGCCCAAGCGUUCAGUCAUUUUACAUACGUCCACACACUCGGAAGGCUCAUGGUCGUGGACCUGCAAGGCGUCGGCUCCAUCUACACGGACCCGCAGCUCCAUACACUGAAUGGGAAUGCAUAUGGCCACGGCAACUUGGGCGUAGCUGGCAUGCUGCGCUUCCUCGAGACGCACCGAUGCAACCACAUUUGUCGUGCGCUGCAACUGCCGCUAUGCAACGACAGCGACGUGUCACCGGCCACGACGGCGAGAGACGACCAGACCAUGACGCGCAGCUGCUCGCUGUGCGGCACCAUCUACACGAUGCUGCACUCGGCCUUUGUCGCCGAGCUUGCCGCCUACGCAGAGCUUCUCUGUGCGACGUGCACACUCAAGUUUCAGUCGUCGAUGGUCGCCAAGCCGUGCGUGACGUGCAAGCAACCAAAAGAGUACUCGCAGUUCUGGUACGACAUGAAGGGCCUCGAGACGCCCAAGUUUUGCAAGGCGUGCAAGGGCAGCGGUCCCAAAAAACGAAAGACACCGCUGGGGCCGCACGGUAUCGUCAUGAAGGCGAUCGCGCUGGCCGCCGACGCGGACGGCUGGGCGCCUCUGACCAAGCUUGGGACAUCGCUCAAGACAGUGGACCCAACCUUUGAUGCCAAGGCGCACGCGUCCGGGCUCCUCGACCUCUUACGCACCUUUCGCAACAUCGAGGUGCGCGAAGAGAUUGGCGUCUCUGGCUCGUACUCGGCACGUUGUUGCGUAGUCUAG